AUGGCGUUACGUUCGAUCAAUAUGGAUACUUUGAACAGAGAAAAUACUGCAGGUGGUCUUCUUAAGCAAGAGACAAAGUCGGUAAAGACAGGAAGGCAGGCACUUGGAGAUAUUAAAAACAGAGUUGGAGCUGUAAAAAAUGUUUCUACCAGGGGAGCUGUCAAAAAACAAAAUUCCUUAAAGUUGAAAGAAGAGAAACCUACCAAAAAUCUCUUGAGAAGUAAAUCCACUGUUUCACUUGUAACUGUACCAGAGAAUGACAAGAGUGAGAAAGUUGAUUGUAUAUUGAUGGACAUUAGUACUUCAGAUGAUGAUAAUGCCUUUUCUUCUCACUUACUUCCUGAUAAUGUAAAGAAUAUUGAUGCUGAGGAUGUUGACAACCCUCAAUUAGUCAGUGACUAUGUUAAUGAUAUCUACAAUUACUUAAGGGACUUGGAGGCUCAGUACAGUAUCAAAGAGAAUCAUCUUGGAAAGCAGUCUCAAAUAAGUGGCAGAAUGCGCAGUAUUCUGGUUGAUUGGUUAGUCAGUGUCCACCAGAGAUUUCAUCUCUUACAGGAAACUCUUUACUUGACAAUAGCUAUCCUAGAUAGAUUUCUUCAAGAAAGCAAAGUAGAACGUUGUAAGCUUCAACUGGUUGGUGUCACCUGUAUGUUUAUUGCUUCAAAGUAUGAAGAAAUGUAUGCUCCAGAGAUUGGAGAUUUUGUUUACAUAACAGACAAUGCUUAUACAAAGAAAGACAUCUUAAAGAUGGAGUGUUUGAUCCUAAGAGUUCUUGAAUUCAAUCUAGGCCGACCACUACCUCUGCACUUCCUUAGGAGAGAUUCAAAAGCAGGGAAUGCUGAUGUCAUGAUGCACACCUUAGCAAAAUACCUGAUGGAGCUAACUCUCCCAGAGUACCACAUGGCUCAUAUCUCUCCUUCUCAACUAGCAGCAGCUUCUCUCUGUUUGGCUAUGAAAUUACUAGAUAAGGCUCCUUGGACAGAAACCUUGACCUAUUUCAGCAACUACAAUGAGUUGCAGCUAAAGUCUGUAAUGAAACAACUUUGUAUUCUGGUUUUGAAAGUUGAUAGUUCAAAAAUGCAGGCUGUUAGACUGAAGUACAGCAGCAACAAAUUAAUGAAGAUUAGCUUGAUCCCAGAACUAAAAUCUGUAUUAGUGAAGGAAAUGGCAGGAGCCUUUGAGAAGUCGUAGGCUUUAAGAAUGUAUAAACAAGUUUUAACAUUAAUGUUUUUAGUUUGUAUUUUAAAUGUUUGUUUCAUCUAAAAAAAAUGUAAAAUAGUGUUGCUGUAAUAGACAUAGCUUUUUAAUGUUUAUUUUUUAUCUGAACAUUUUAAUGUAAGGUACAUGGUGAUUGUGGACAAUGGCUAAAUUGACGAGCUAUUCAGAAAUGAAUGAUUGUAUUUGAUUUUUAGAUUAUGGACAAUAAAUGGAAAUAAAUUAUUCUUUCUUACUUUAAAGAUCUUAUGUAAACUAUAAUAUCUUCAUUUUGUAUAGUGAACAAAAGGAGUGAAGUCUACUUGAAUUUUAUUACUAGUAGUAAACCCAUGCUAAUAAUUGUAAGUACAAUUUCAAAUCUCGAAUGUCAUAAUAUUUAAAGCUUUAUUUUAAAACUAAGCUUUCAAAUUCAAGCCUAAGUAAACUACUGUAACUGCAAUAACUUCAUUCCAACAGAAAAUUAUAUAAUUGCCUGAAAGCACCAACUUGGUGAUCUAAUGAAGUUAAAAUAAGACUAGGUUUAGUCUUUAUGAAAGAAUAUUUAUUACAAGCUACAAAAAGUCCUAAAGCUUUGGAGCAUUUUUUUUUUUUCAAAAAAUGUAAAUCUAAACAUUUACCUGUUGGCCAAACAAUUAAAGUAUAAUUAAUGUUGCAGAACCCUUUCAACUUGUUGAUACCUAAUGCUGUUCCUGCUUAAACUUUAAACUGUGUAUAUUACAGUAAUUAUUUAACAUAUUAAAGGUAACUUGAACUAGAUUAUUAUAUUUUGAAUAUUUCAACUCUUUAUUUGCGAUCCUGUUAAAUUGCAGGAAGAGAAUUGGCUGUAUUCUGGAAUAUAAGUUUGUGUUGUAAUAAUUCUUGUUUAAUUUUUUCCUCUUAUAACCAAUGUCCUUAACUUGCUGGUACCUCUAUAGAAUGUUGCAACUCUUAUAUCCCUUGCUAAUGCAGAAAGCAGGUUUAAAGUAAAACAAAAUAUUAUACAUACUGUUGCAUCAUCAUUUUAACAGAUGUGGCAAAAUGUAUGAAAAUCAGAAACCCAUUAUUCCCCAGACAUUACUUAAAAUAUGUAAUCAUGGUUUCGAAUAUUAAUAAGAGUUUAAUGAGUAUUUUUAAUGAACAAGCAAAGUUUAGAACUUUGCUAAUAUAUAAGAUGAGAUUAAACCUUAUUUGAAAGAAUAACUAAAAUAUUUGUUUUACCAUUUUAUUUUCUA